ACAUAACCUAUAUUAGGUAUAAGAAACGUCACGUUUAGUUUUAAUCAGUUUUAAUUAAGUUCAUCAAUAAUUGGUUGUUAUUUGAAAAAAUUCAACAUGUUAACCAUAUCAAAAACAAACUUAUUAAGCGUAUUAAAUAAAAAAAAUUUCUCAGAAAUAUAUCCUCGAGUAACAAAAAAGGUAUUUCUACCUUCAACGACGAGAAAAAAGCCACAAAAAGAUCCCCUAGCUUUUACUACAAAUAUUACACCUCAUUUUGAACUAAAAAAAGGUCCUAGAAUGAAUCAUAUGGGCGUACAAAUGCUUUCAACCCCAAUUUAUGAUCAAAUUUUCAAAAAUUUGCCGAAUGAUAAUUUAUCAUCACAAACUGUAGAGAGUUGUAGGUUGCAAUUAAAAAAAUUUGGUAUCAAAGAUGAAGGUGGUUUAUUAGAAGAUGUUAACUUUGUUAUUCCUCCGUUAGAAGGAAAAAACCUUGAGGAGCAUUUUUGGAAAAUUUCAAACGAUCAAGCUCAACCAUAUAAAAAAGUUAUUGAUGAUUUGCUUCUAAAAAUUCCUGAUAAACCAAACGAUUGGUUAAUGCAGGAAGGUUGGACGCGUUACACCAAAGACAAAGUUGAAAAAGUUGAAGCACCUUUAGAGGAAUGCUUAGUUUUUGAUGUCGAAGUGUGUAUGUUAGCAGGAAAAACCCCAACCUUAGCAACAGCUGUAUCAAGUAAAGCUUGGUAUGGUUGGGUUAGCCCAUCAUUAUUAGAGGGCUCCUCAAAGCCUAUUACGAAUCAUUUUUAUUUAGAUAAUUCUUUAAUCCCUCUUGGUAAAAUCCCCAAAAUUAUCGUUGGUCACAACGUAUCUUUCGAUCGUUCUAAAAUUAAAGAACAAUACCAAAUUGAAAACACAUCAACAAGAUUUUUAGAUACAAUGUCUUUACAUAUUUGCGUAAGUGGGAUAACAAGUUAUCAAAGGGCGGUUUUAAAAUCAAAAUCAAACGAACACGAAGAAUCUUGGCAAGAUCGAAGUUCUUUAAAUUCUUUAAGCGAUGUUCAUAAAUUAUAUUGUGGAAAACCAAUCGAAAAGGAAGCAAGAAAUGUUUUUUUUAACGGCACCUUAUCCGAAAUUAAAGCCGAUUUUUAUAAUCUUAUGGAUUAUUGUGCUAAUGAUGUGAUAGCUACGUUUAAUGUUUUAAAAGAGUUAUACCCGUUAUUUUUGGAUCGAUUUCCACACCCAGCGACUUUAGCCGGCAUGUUAGAACUUUCCACGGCCUUUUUACCGGUUAAUUCGAAUUGGGAGAGGUAUAUCGAAGAAUCCGAUCAAACUUACCAAGAUUUAGAAAUCGAAAGUCGAUUACUUUUAGCGAAAAGGGCUGAUUUAGCGUGCCAAUUAUUACAUGGUGCGAAAUAUAAAGAAGAUAUUUGGCUGUGGGAUUUAGAUUGGGAUGUUAAAAAUAUUAAAUUAAAAAAGGCCGUUAAAACAACAAAAAAGGCUCAAAAUUAUUCUUUAAAUCAAAACGAAGAUGAACCUGAAUUUAUUUUUUCAAAUUUAACCUCUAAUUUAAUAAGUGUUGAUAAAUUAAAUAAAAAAUUUUCUUAUUUAGAAGAAACUAAAUCGUUUCUUCCAGCUGUUAAAACGUUACUUCCGGGUUAUCCAAAUUGGUACAGAAAGCUUUGUACUAAAUUUUCUGAAGAGAAUUGGAUUCCUGGUCCUCAUUUAAUAACAACAUCCAUGCAGGUUACUCCAAAAUUGUUGAAUUUAACUUGGGAGGGUUAUCCUUUGCAUUAUAUAAGAGAACAAGGUUGGGGUCUCCUCGUCCCUUUUAAUAACGACACCGAAACCGAACGAAAACUUCCCUUAAAAAACUUAUUAAUAAAAUGUCCGAUUUUAACUCAAAAAUCAAACGAGGCGAAUACAAGCGAAAUUAAUAUCGGAAAAGAUGUCGAAACUAAUUUAUCCCGAAAAGAAUAUUAUAGUAAAUUAAAAAAGGAUCACUCAAACGGGCUUUAUAAAGGAACGGGAAUUUGGUGUAACACGAUCAUUGAAGACUGUUGUUUCUUCUUUAAACUCCCGCAUAAAGAUGGGGCUUCGUUUCACGUUGGGAAUCCCUUAGCAAAAGACUUUUUAACUAAAUUUUCCGAAAAUGUCUUAGCUGGCGACACGGAAAGUGCUGAAAAAGUUUUAUCAAUCGCUCGACAAAUGUCAUAUUGGAGAAAUAAUCGAGAUCGUAUCACAAAUCAAAUGGUAGUUUGGACCAAUCUUAAAGAAAAACUUGGUGCUAUCAUCCCGCAAGUUGUGGUUUCGGGGACUUUAACACGUCGGGCUGUCGAAGCAACUUGGAUGACAGCUUCAAAUGCUCACCCCGAAAGAGUUGGUUCUGAAUUAAGAGCCAUGGUUCAAGCACCACCCGGUUAUUGUAUAAUCGGGGCUGACGUUGAUUCCCAAGAAUUAUGGAUAGCUUCUGUAAUCGGUGAUGCAACUUAUAAGAUGCAUGCUGCAACUCCAUUAGGGUGGAUGACUUUAAGUGGGGAUAAAGCGAGCGGGACUGAUAUGCAUAGUGUAACGGCAAAAGCUGUUGGAAUCUCAAGAGAUCAUGCUAAAGUAAUAAAUUAUGCACGAAUUUAUGGCGCGGGUCAAAAUUUUGCUGAAAGAUUAAUUAAACAAUUUAAUCCAUCGAUGAGUGAAAGUGAAGCAAGAUCAAAAGCUAAUAAAAUGUUCACUUUAACUAAAGGAAAACUGACGUAUCAUUUAAAAAGUGAUUAUAUUCAUGAUUUUUCUGAUGUUCCAUACACAAAAUGGCAGGCACAUCAAUUAUCGAAACUACAUGGUAAAAAAAUUGAUGACAUGUUUUUAAAAUCAAAAUGGGUAGGAGGAACUGAGUCUGCUAUGUUUAAUCGUUUAGAAGAAAUCGCUGGUACUCCAUCACCUGUUACACCAUUCUUAACAUCACGGUUAAGUCGAGCUUUGGAACCAUCUUCAAUGGAAACCGAUCGCUUUCUUCCAACAAGAAUUAAUUGGGUGGUCCAAAGUGGCGCCGUUGAUUUUCUUCAUUUAAUGCUAGUUUGUAUGAGAUGGAUAAUGGGUGAUAAAGCAAGGUUUUGUUUGAGUUUUCACGAUGAAAUUAGGUAUUUAGUACCAGAAAAAUAUAAAUAUCAAGCAGCUUUAGCAAUGCAUGUAACAAAUUUGUUAACAAGAUCGUUUUGUUCGUUAAAAUUAGGACUUUACGAUCUUCCCCAAAGCGUGGCUUUUUUCUCAUCUGUUGAAAUCGAUGAGGUUUUAAGGAAAGAUUCAAAACAAGAUUGUAAAACACCCUCAAAUCCGCACGGUUUGGAAAAAGGAUACGGAAUUCGAAACGGGGAAAGUUUAAAUAUUUAUGAAGCAAUUAAAAAAGCGAAUGGAACAACGAAUUUUUGGUACAAAUAAAAAUGGAAUGAAUAAAACUAAAAAUAUUUAUCUGGAUAUUCUCCAAGAAGAAUUUGAGCUACCUAAAGACAACCAAAAAAUUGUAAAAGUAAUUUAUAAAAAUCCAAAUCAUAUUUUUGAUGUUCUCGGUGAAGACGAGAUCGUUUUUAAAGCAAUUUUAAAUUCGCGUUUUCAAAAAACCGUGUGGGUUAAAGUAAAUAAGUUGGUUAUUGUCGAAGAUGUAGGUGGAAAUUUUCCGGAAAUUGUUAAAGUUCCAACGGACAAUUAUAUCAAAUUUUUAAGAAAAAAUAAUGCUAUUCCUUCAAUUUUUGAGGAAAAACUUGAAAAUGAUGGAGAGGAUUUGUUUUGUAUAAACCCAAACCAAAGGACAAUUGUAUAUUCAAGUAGUGAUUCUAGCAGUGAUGAAGAUAAUUAAGUAUAUUUAAAGUUUAGUUUAAGAAUAAAAUAUUUUUUUGUUAUAUAUUUUAUAUAAAAUAAAAAUAAAAGCAACAUUUUAUCAAUACAAAAAGGAAUCUAAACCGCUUGCGUACCAAACUGC